UACGGCAAUAAUGUAAUGCGAGGCUUCCAGCUUCAGCCACCAGAACUUCACAAUUCACGAGAGAGAGAGAGAGAGAGAGGGAGGGAGGGAGAGAGAAAAUCGCUGCCAGUGGAAAGUGGCAGUGGCAGCAGAGAAGCAAGAACUAGCAAGAAAGGGAAGAGACGAGAGAGAAAGCCGAGGGACUUUUUCCUUGGAUUCGAUCCUUCGCUUUUGGGGAAGGAGGAGAAGAAGGCCCUGUCGCUCCUCUUUCUGUUGUUGCGGAGAGCAGCAGGAAGGGCAGAGGAGGAGGAGAUGUUCCCGCCUGGUCUGAUCCACCACCGCCCAGACGGCCCCGCGCCCGGCGACGGGGCACCGCGCUCCGGCCCCGUCGGUGGCCCGGGCGGGCCGAGCCUGGUGUUGACGGCAGACCCCAAGCCGAGACUGCGCUGGACGGCCGACCUGCACGAGCGCUUCGUCGACGCCGUCGCCCAGCUCGGCGGGCCCGAGAAAGCAACGCCAAAAACUAUAUUGAGAACAAUGGGUGUCAAGGGGCUUACGCUGUUCCACCUAAAGAGUCAUCUUCAGAAAUACAGAUUAGGCAAACAAUCUGGUAAAGAGGGGUCAGAGCAAUCUAAAGAUGCAUCCUAUCUUCUAGAUGCUCAGACUGGAAUGAGUGUAUCCCCUAGAGUUCCUGCCCAGGAUGUGAAAGAAAGUCAAGAAGUCAAAGAAGCGCUAAGAGCACAGAUGGAAGUGCAACGGAGACUGCAUGAGCAAGUGGAGGUCCAGAAGCGUGUGCAGAUCAGAAUGGAAGCGCUUCAGAAGUACAUCGAUAGUAUUCUAGAGAGUGCAUGCAAGAUGGUUACUGAGCAGUUUGCCUCAAGCGGCUUCAGCAUCUCCGACCCUGAUCUCCCGGAGAUAUCCCCUGGUGGGGUUCUGUGUGGUCCCACAGACACAUUGAGCUCCUCCGUCUUUAACCAGCUCUCUGUCAGCUCGAUUGACUCGCACAGUCCAGGAGGCAAGCCUUCUCCCUCGGGCAUUGAAGGGCCACCAAUGCUCCUCCAGAAGUCGCCUGAGCUCAAACGGAGGUCCUCUUGAGCUGUUUAGACAAAAUCUAAGGGUAUUUCUGGCUUCCCUGUCUUUGGUAGUAAUGUCGACAAGAACAUCGUAGUGACAUGGGAAAUGAUGGUCCAAUCUUGUAGUAGCUGACUUGUUCUCUUGCUAGUGCCUGCCAGGUAAGCAGGGCCUGAACUUUUAUUUGAUCAAUCAAAAGAAACCUAUGUUCAUAUGAACUGCGUGACGUGCUAGAACUAGUGCCUUUCUUGUUAUCA